AUGAUUAUGUGUCUUCAUCUGGGGAAGAUUUAUCUGGUUAUUUUUCUAUUUAUCCUGAUAGAAGAAAUCUUUCUACCAUCAGCAGCACAAACCUACUUAUCUUUAGAAGAGAUCCAAGAGCCCAAGAGUACAGUCUCUUUUCUCAUGACUGACUCAGAAGCCACAGAUCCUUUUUUCUCUGCUGAAAAGAAAAGAUCUCAGUAUAACGGAGAAGCAGAGAGAAGGUGGUUGCUUAGAAGAAGGCGAUCUACUUUGUUUCCUAACGGAGUCAAAGUUUGUCCAGAUGAAAAUGUUACAGAGGCUGUGGCAAACCAUGUGAAAUACUUCAAAGUUCGAGUGUGUCAAGAAGCUAUCUGGGAAGCCUUCAUGACUUUCUGGGAUCGACUCCCUGGGCAUGAAGAAUACCAUUACUGGAUGGAUUUGUGUCAACAUGGAAUCACAACUGUAUCUGAAAUGGCCGCAAAUUUCAGUCAGUCUGUAGAACAUAGACACUUAAUUAUCAAGAAACUGACAUACACAAAGGACACUGUAAGCAGCCCUGAAUUGUUAUCCUCAGCUCCUCUUGGUGAUGACUCAGCAUUGACAGGUACAGUUCUCAGGGUUCCAUAUCCAGAUGUGAUCUCCUAUGAAGAUACCUCAGACGACAACCUGGAGAAACCAGAGGAGAGUAUUAGCAAUGAAAUUGAUGAUCUGAUAGAAGAAUCCACACAACCAGCAGCUGAGCAGAUUGCACAAUUCAGUAUCCAUCUUUUGCGGGAACAAUACAGGGAAGAACUACAGGAUCCCUCUAGCUCUUAUCACCAGCACCUUGUGGAAGAAUUUAUUUCAGAGGUUGAAAAUGCAUUUAUUGGAUUACCAGGCUACAAGGAUAUUCAUGUACUUGACUUUAGGUUUCCCAAGGAAAAUGGCAGUGGCAUCGAUGUUCAUUAUGAAGUUUCCUUCAAUGGGGAGGCCAUCAGCAAUACCACAUGGGAUUUAAUUAGCCUUCACUCCAAUAAGGUGGAAAACCAUGGUCUCGUGGAAUUGGAUCACAAGCCCACUGUUGUUUAUACAAUUAGCAACUUCAGAGAUUAUAUUGCUGAGACAUUGCACCAGAAUUUUUUGCGGGGAAACUCUUCUUUGAAUCCAGAUCCUGACUCCCUUCAACUCAUCAGUGUGCGAGGAGUUUUACUUUCUCAAACUGAAAAUCUAGUUUGGAACAACGACAGUUCAAGACCUCAGGCAACUCUAUCAUCUACUGUGGAUAAUACCUUUGCUGUGGAAUGGCCCUCCACAGAUGAAUCCAUCACCAACAGGAUUUCACUUCUUGAUUUCAUCUCUCAUCCUCCCACUGGUAGUGAGCUCCCCUCUGAAAGUGCUUUCAGUGAUCAGGUGGUGGCUGCAUCCAAAUUAGCUUUUCCCAUGGCAGUGGAGCUCGGUUCUUCUCCAGAGAUGCUCAAGGCCAGCAACUUGACUCUCCAUUCUGCCACCCCAGCAGUGCCUCAGUCUGGUUUGACUGUAGCUUCUGAAGAAAGAGCUUCUGAAUCUUACUUAUUAGAAGAUGGAUUAAUCCAAGUUGAAGAGCCAGACGGUUUUCUUUCCUUUGAUCCAUUGCCUUCAAGUUCAUUAACUCAUCCUGUAUCAGAAGAAACUGUACCACCUGUGGAAGACAUUGGGGCAUCUAUGACAUCCUCUGCCACAUUAAGUCUUCUUGAUAAAGAACUAACUCAACCAUUUGAUUUGAACUUGUUGGCCUCCAAAGUUAAAGACCAAGUAGAAGGGAGUUCCUUGAUGCCAGAUAUAUCUAUGGAAAAAGAGUUUAUAUUUGAAAGUGGCUUAGGUUCAGGGUCUGGGGAAAAGGUAGAUAUAAGUACUUGGCCAUGGAACAAGAUUUCAAUGGAGAAGAGCACUGAACCACUGACCAAGUCGUGGCUGGAAGAAGAUAAUUCACUUUUGUCUUCUGAGGGUAUAGACAAGAAGCUAGUUAUAACUGAUAAAAUUGAUUCUGCAGGUCAGAGUAUUGAGCAUUCCAGAUAUGAGCUUUUUGAUAAAUCUAAGAGCUUUUCAGAAGGAGAACUCAUUGGUGGACCCACUGUGUCCUUUGUUUCAGAGACCCCAGCUCAAUCUGCACCUCUAAUUCUCUCUACGCAUAUAGCAGGAGUACCUGAUAUUGAUUAUUAUUCAGUUACCAGCAUGCCUCUUCCACUGACAUUUCCAGCAAUGUCAGCUUCUGCAGAAAAACAAGGUCAUGUAGAUCCCUUCCCAAAGGAGGAUAUAAAACAAACUACAGAGGCAUCCAGCCAAGAUUGGUUUGACAGCAUAGUUUCAAUAGAAAAGCCAUAUAUGCAUCCUUUGCGGGCCACCUUGCCAGAAUCUUCCCUAGAGAAAUUGUCUAGUGACACAUUGGCAAGUACACCACAGAGUACUGACAAGCUUUGGUUGGAAGCUUCUAUUGUACAGUCUACCAAAGUGUCUCCAGUCACAAGUUCCAGUCUGUUGGAGGAUGAAGUAAUCAUGGGUGUACAAGAUAUUUCAUUAGAACUAGAUCGCAUUGGCACAGAUUACUAUCAGCCUGACCUAAGCACAGAGGAAAAUGGCAAGGUUGGUAGUUACAUGGAAAUAUCUACAAAUGUUCACUCCACAGAGACUGCUAUUGUGACUUGGCCCACAAAAGUAAAUGACUCAAGUCAUGCUCAGACUGCAGGAGCUUUGGUGGUUUUCUUUAGUCUGCGAGUAACGAACAUGAUGUUUUCAGAAGAUUUGUUUAAUAAAAACUCUUUGGAGUAUAAAGCCCUGGAGCAAAGAUUCUUAGAAUUGCUGGUUCCCUAUCUUCAGUCAAAUCUCACAGGAUUCCAGAAUUUAGAAAUCCUAAACUUCAGAAAUGGCAGCAUUGUGGUGAAUAGUCGAAUGAAGUUUGCCAAGUCUAUCCCCCCUAAUGUCAACAAUGCUGUUUACAUGAUCCUGGAAGACUUCUGCAUCACUGCCUACCAAACAAUGAACUUGGCUAUUGAUAAAUACUCACUUGAUGUGGAAUCAGGUGAUCAAGCUGACCCUUGCAAAUUCCAGGCAUGCAAUGAAUUUUCAGAGUGUUUUGUCAACCCCUGGAGUGGGGAAGCUGAAUGCAAAUGCUAUCCUGGAUACCUGAGUGUGGAAGAAUUACCCUGUCAGAGUCUCUGUGACCUGCAACCUGACUUCUGCUUGAAUGAUGGAAAAUGUGACAUUAUGCCUGGCCAUGGGGCCAUUUGUAGAUGCCGGGUGGGUGAAAACUGGUGGUACCGAGGUGAACAUUGUGAGGAGUUUGUAUCUGAGCCCUUGGUGAUUGGCAUUGCCAUCGCCUCCGUGGUUGGACUUCUCCUCAUCUCGUCUGCUGUCAUCUUCUUCCUUGUAAAGGCUCUUCAAGCUCAGUAUAUUAGGAGAGAAAGAGAGAAGCCAUUCAGUGGUUCUAGGAGGCAGCCUGACAACCUCGCCUCUAUUGAAAAUGCUGUGAAGUACAACCCCAUGUAUGAAAGUCACAGGGCUGGAGGUGAGCGAGUUGAGGGGCCUUAUACCUCAUGCCCCUUCUACAGCUAUCCAGGUGGAGGGAUGGUUGGUGAUCUGAGCAGGGAGGAAAUCAGACAAAUGUAUGAGAACAGUGAGCUUUCCAAAGAGGAAAUUCAAGAAAGAAUGAGAAUAUUGGAACUGUAUGCCAAUGAUCCUGAAUUCGUAGCUUUUGUGAGAGAACACCAAAUAUGCUAG